UGGGGCUCAGGCGGCGGCGGGCGCGCGCGGCGGUGGCAGCGGGUGUGCGAGGCGCGCGCUGUUGUGUUCCCGGCGGUCCCUUUCCCCCCUCGGCGGGUGGAGGAGGCCGAAGCGGUGCUGGGCGCCGAUCUCUGCCUUCCUCCGUGACCUCCCGGCCCUGUCGCGCUGCGCGGCCUCCGCGACGCAAGACUGUCCCGGCCCGGACAUGGCUCGUGGGCAGCAGAAGAUUCAGUCUCAGCAGAAAAAUGCCAAAAAGCAGGCUGGGCAAAAGAAGAAACAAGGGCAUGACCAAAAGGCUGCUGCCAAAGCUGCCUUAAUAUACACCUGCACUGUCUGUAGGACACAAAUGCCAGACCCUAAGACCUUCAAGCAGCACUUUGAGAGCAAGCACCCUAAGACCCCACUUCCUCCAGAAUUGGCUGAUGUGCAAGCAUAAGGUUGUUUACAGGUGAAUUCAUGACACCUUUGGCUCUUCUACUGUCUCAGACCUUAGGUAACAAACCUGCAGCUGCUUUUCUAACAAAACUGUUGAUCAGCAAAAAUAAAGGGGCUACAGAAACACUCAUUUUUAUGCUGUUCCCUUUUGGGCUUCAUGCAAAGACAAUUCUGUGUAAAUGUACAGUUGACUCUGAUUUGGAAAUUGAAAAUCAGUCCAUCCUUGUUAUAAAAAAUUUUUUUACAAUUGUAAUUAUAUUGAUGUUCAUAUUGUGUAAAAUAACUCAUUUAAUAAAGUAGUACUUUGAUUUUAUGACAUCACAGGAUAAAUGAUUAUAGAAAUUCUGUUCUAACUUUCCUUAUUAUUUGCCUUAUAAAGGUCUAAUGAAUUCAUCAGCUAGAAUUGCAGGUGCAAUUCCUAUCUCCCCUUUUCAGCUCAGUGGCAGGUUUGUUAAACCUAGGACAGACUCAUUCAUCAAAAUUGCACACCACUUUAUUGGCAGCUGAUCUGGGUGAAGAAUGACAUCUGCUGCCUUAAUACAUUGCAAUUAUGUGUCAUUGCCCCCCUCUGAUUAUCUCCUAUGUUUGAAGUUGGAAUAUUUAAACUUAUCGUUUGAACUGGGUCUAUCCUAGAGAUAACUGAUAAAUUCAUAAAAGGUAUUGGAUUGUCUAUGAGCUCUUCUGAAAGAUUAGGUUCUGAAGUAUAUACUGUUCAAAAUAAUCUUAGGCCUAUUUAACAAAAUAUGAUAGAAUAAAUGUGAACUGGUAAACAUCGAUCUUUUAUAAAUUAUAUUAAAUUCUUUGAAUAUUGUUCAGGUUCUUUAAUUUGAAAUUGAAACAUUUAAAGGAGUUUUUGGAAGUUAUUAUUUUGCUAAUUUUAUGAAUGGGUUUUUCCAUUAACAGGAAGAUCGUAAUGACUUGUGGCUGGUUAUUUCCCAGAAUACUUUCCUUUUCUAAGUGAAUUGUUGGUUUUAGGAAUUUACUUUGUGCUGGUUCCUAAAAUCAAAGACUGUAUACAGUAUGACUUCCAUCUGAGCUAUAAAAAUAUUAUAGGCCAAUCAGUGUUCACAUUCUUUUGGAUCUAAGGAUGGGGAAGUAGUUUUCUUCAGCUGAACAAGGUAAAUUCCACCCAGUUAAAGACUAAUUUCAGCAUUCUUCUAAUUUAGUUUUGUCAACCGUUGUACAAGUGAAACUGCUGUAACUCAUUUAAAUUUUAAAAUUAGCAUGAUAAGAAGAACAUUGAAAUAUUUACUGAUAAUUGCUUAGAGCCGCCUGUCUAAUCCUGUAGAUUACAAAAUGCAUUCCCUCCUUCUGCUGUAACUCAUCACUCCAUUUGUUUUGUAACUGCAUAUUCUACCCACUUUGUCUUCACAGUACCUUUAGAAUAUUUCCAAGGAAAGUCCUCAGUGCCGAUAGUUUCUUACCAUUUCAUAUUCUUAGACCCUUAUUUCAAAAUAGUCCUUUUGUUUCAUUUUUUAAUUCCCUGAGUUUCAGACUUAAUAUCUGUUGUUUUCUAAUAUGUGGAUUACCAGAACAUUAGAAUUUUACCUAAUUUCUUGCUGAUGUUACAAAAGUUCUGGUUAAAUUACAAUUUAAAAGUUUUUGAAAGUGCUUUGAGCAUAUGUAUGUUUAUUUUUAGUAACAAAUUAUUUAAACCCCAUUCAUGAAUUUUGGAUUAAUUUUUUUCUUUAGUUUUACUGACUGUAAUUCACAAUAAGAGCCUUUUGUUCUUGUUUUUAACCUUUUUAUAAGCAGCUGAAAACACCAUAUUUGAUUCUCUUAACUCAGUGAUAGGGAAAUAGUUGGGUCGAUCUUACAUAAGACAUUAAUUCUUAAUAUGGGGAUUGUGAGUACAGUCCUUCACUUACUAUGUUUGAGUUAAAUUUGCUGUAAAGAGAAAAUUACAACUCUUAAACAUGUUAUUUCGGUUAAAGAUUCUUUAACAGAUCAUAGCAGACUUUGUUUUAAAACUGCUGUGGUGUCUUCAAAACCUUGAUGCAGUGCACAGCGAGAACUGGUCCACUUGCAUUCUGUAUCUACCUUAGUUGCCAAAAGGAAUGGGGUUAAGAGUAAGCUUGUUUCCAUUCCAUUCUCAUGGAUACACAUCCCCAUGUUUAACUGACACACUGGGGCCUCAGUUGUGUGCUGUAAUAUCGUAUUAAAGGAGAUAUUAAAGAAAA